UAGUGAAAGUCCCCCGGAGCUAACAGGAGAACAGAGGAAGGGAGCGGGGGGGACCCAGUAAGGUAUAUGAGGGCCUCAGUCCGAGCAAUCGCCGGUACUCUAGCCUCGCUGCCUACUUACAUUCAUACACUAACACUACCACCGACCGCGGGGAAACAUGAUGCACACCCUCGCGACGGUAGCAAUAGUGCUCACCGCUCUACUGGCGGUGUCGGCGCAGCAGUACCAACAACCCGGCGGUAAUUACGUCGACGAUUACGCCCAAUAUGACUCACAACAACCGAGCCAGCCGACCCCGCGUAGCUAUGCGAGCAACGACGUACCAGCUCGUCAAUCGGCCACACCGGCGAAUCCGAAGCCGACCCCGGUGGCGAUCCUGAAGCAGAUUAAUCGCCACAACGAGGACGGCUCAUACACGUACGGCUUCGAAGGCGCUGACGGCUCCUUCAAGAUCGAGACCAAGUUACCGACCGGUGACGUCAAGGGCAAGUACGGUUUCGUCGACGACACCGGCAAGGUCCGCAUAGUCGAAUACGGCGCGAAUCAGUACGGCUUCCAGCCGGCCGGUGAUGGUAUCACCGUCGCCCCGCCAACUCUGUUCGACGAGACCACCAGCAAGGAGGCUCUUGACGCGCAGGUUUACGAAGAGUAUCAGCAGCGGCAACAGCAACAGCAACAGGUGGCCGCACGUCCGGCUUACCAACCACCACCGUCUCAAUCGCACACUCAGGCCGUGUACGCUCCCGCACAGGUAGCUCCCAGCAGACCAACUCUACCUAAGCCACCCAUCUUCACGCCAGCUGCGCCCCAGGCGCCGCGACAGUCUUCGCUGAUCCAACAGGAGCCGACUUACAGCGAACCUGCGCCACCCUCGCAGCUCUACAAUCAGGGGCCAGCUCAAUUCAGUCCGGCACCGAACCAGGAACCACGUUCCAAGCAACCGCAGGCUCGCAGCGGCGGCGGCAUCCUGGACCAGCUCGCCAGAGAUUACGCUUUGCCUCAGGGAGUGGCACCACCGCUGCACGACAUCAGCUUCGGCUAUUACUAGUCCUACUCCUUUUGUCUGUCAAGAAGAGUCUGAGAUCAAUCGCACUAUAAAAAAAUUCCGUUUAGUUCAAAAGCUUUUUAAAAAAAUUGUUUUUAAAAUUACUUAGAAAAGAGAUCUAUUAUAUUUUAAUGUUAAUUUCUUUUUAGCAAUUAAGGGCUAGAAUUGUUGCGACUGAUUUCGGCCUCGUCUGUGUCCCGACUGUGUGUUGGUCUUGUGUGGUAUUCAUGAAUGACGCCCCGAUGACUAAUUGACCUAUCAGUAAUUACGGUGUAACUCGCUUUUUUCAAAGUUAGCGACAAUAUGAUUAAUGAUUGUCGCGAAUAGACCGUCCACUUGAAAGUCGAGAACUGUAUUGAUGUUUGAAAUCACGAGUCGAAAGCUAAGAUUCCAUUUCUUUCAUUGCAUAAUUUCUUCAUAUUAAUUAUAUAAUACUUCUUAUUCCAUUUAACCGACAAUUAAGAUGAAACAGAAAUCAUAGAUCUCAUCUCUAUUUCAUAACAUAAAGAUCUAAUAAAUCAUAUCAAAGAUUAAUUCACUGACACGGAUCAAAUAAAUUUUUAGCUUUAUCACAUUUUUUUAAAAUUUAGAAGUCCAAUAAAAUGAUAUAAAUGAGUUUCUCAAAAAUAUUAUAAGAUCUGAAAUAUUGACUUUUUGAGAGUAAACACAAAGGUCUAAGUCUUUGACUUUUUACUUCAACAAUCACAUUUAUUACUCGCUUUUAUGAAUCUGUCAAAUAAUGUUAGGAAGUUUGAUGUCAUCUUUUUAUCAAUUAUUUAAAUUAUUGUUAUACAUUCCACGAUUCAUCAAAAAUUAUUUAGAUAAGCGGUAACAACGAGAGAAGUUGUAAAAAUUUUGCAUUCUCUGUAAAGAGUGUAAAUAAAAAAUUUCUCGUUUUCCCCUUUUCUGAAUAGGCGUUCACGUUCGUUUUUUAUUCUAGAAAACGUGGCUCGCCUUAAGAACUUACCAAUGAAAUAUUGCGUUAGAGCUGUGUAUUCACGGCGGAGUCCCGUAAGAAUAUAUCUUAAUUGGACGCGCUUAUUACUGUAAUUAGAUUAUUGUAAGGUAAUUCGAGUGGAAUAAAAGAAGACCAAUACUAAA